AUGGAGGCGGUUCUGGAGAGAGCCCUGGUGCUGAGCCUGGGGAAGCUGCUGGUCACUCUCCCGCUCCUGCGCUCGGCCCUCAGGUCCGUCAGCAGCCCAGUGAGCUUCUGCUGCUGCUGCCUGCUGCUCUUCACUGAUGCGGUUCUGACAAUCUUCUUCAGUUCCUUGCUGAUCCUGAGGCAAUGGCAGCUCAUAGCUCCCUCUGCUGGUGACAUCAUUGCGCAGCGCUCCCUGCUUUUCACUUGCAACACGUACGGAGCCGUCUUUUUCCUCACACUGCCUGAAAUUGUUGUGGACAUUCUCAUUCGCCAUCUGCAAUUACUGGAAACCGACGAUCACUGCCAGCACCACGACACGAAGCGACCAGAUGACACUCCCGGUUUUAAACAUUCCAAAGAAAACACGUGA